AAUAAGACAAUACUAUUUUAUUCCAUUUUUUGUUCUUUAGCAUCGUCGUUUAGCAUAAGUUGUAUGAGAAACAUACUAUUUACAUCAACAAAGAUUAGCACUUUCACAUCAGGAAUAUCCACAACAUCUGACUCCAUAGAAACUAGCGCAUUCUCUUCGCCUAAAUCUUCAACAACAUAUGGCAACUCAACAGUUUCAACGACAGGACAAACGGACUCUUCAAGAAAAUCAUUUAUCUACCCAUUAGUUGGUUCAAUAUGUGGUCUUGUUUGUUUGGUUAUUGUGGUAUGUGUUAUUGUUUGCCUCAAAAAGAGAUGGAUUCAGGAUACAACACAACCCCGUGCACAAAACGGUAGCAAAGGCAGACUUUAUGAGAAAUCUAUUUAUAUGUCAGGGGAUCACGGAGUUGCAAUUCAUUCAAACAGACCUCAGACUGAACAUGAAUAUAAUUACAUAGAUAAAUUUGAUGCCGACAAUCGGGCAAGCUAUUAUGAAAUUCCCUCUUGUGAAGCUGACAAUAAACAUCGUAUACAAGCCACACUAGAUGAUGACUACGACUACUCUAGUUGCCUCACAAUAGACAGAGAUAAAACAGAUGUUGGUAAUAAUGAUAUGAUUGCGGCGCAUACUAACAAGGGGAUAGUUCAAAAACAAAAGUUGAUAGCCAGGGAUAGCAUGUAUGACAAUUUAGAAAAAAGUCAGGCUACUCUUAUCAUAGGGGUAAACGAUUAUCAUCAUUUAAAUCCAGGGACAUUGAAGAGGGAGGAAGUUUUGGAAGCCUACCAUACGAUAGAAAGGGGUGGUAAAAGACAAAGUGAGUGUAGUGAAAGUGGGGAUGAACCUGGUUAUCACAUAGCAAACGUUAGGUGA